AUGCCCUGCGAGAUGAGGGGAGUGCGAGCUGACUCAGGUAUGAGCACUUCCCGAGGUGGCGUUAUUUGCGCAUGCGAUGUGGCGCCGUGGACAAGGCCUAGGCGCGCUGGAUGGACCUUCCACACACCUCGUCUGGCACGGGGUUCCGUGCGUGGUUGCGAUCCAGCAAUCUCAGGCACAGUCCCUCGACGGGCAGGGAGGGACAUCUUGGGCUUCCCGACGGAGAUUCCGGACACCUUUUGCUGCGCGUGGAAACACUCGAACCGCGAAGUUCGCGACGGCCAUACUGGGAGAAGCAAGAUGGUGCACGUGCACAUCCGUCUGGGCGAGCCGAUGCCAGUGGACGCGGACAACCCGGACGCAAUCACGAGCCUGAAGUUCAGCGGGGUGUCGGCGGCGCACAGACUCGAGCAGCACGACGACAUCCUGCAGCACCUCACUGACAUCAUCGCUUGGGCGCAGGGCAUGACGGAGCUGGAAGUCAGCGACAUUGCGCUCGAUGCCCAGGAGGAUGCAGCUGCCUUCGCCAACGCACUGUGCGGAGCUACUCAUCUCAAGCAGCUGCGCCUGCGGAACUGUUCACUUUCCGAUGCGGGCAUGCACCUCGUUGCGGGCGCUUUCCUUUCGAUGGUCGAGAUCCCGCAGCUGCGAGUCCUGGUCCUACGGGGCAACAACCUUGGCUACCAGGGUGCGCUCGCGACAGCCAAGCUCAUCGCGGCUGCCGGGCAAGGGUUGGAGAUGUUGGAUUUGUCGUUCAACGGAGUCGGCGACGCCGGAGCGACGUUGCUGGGCGCCGCGCUCGCGACGGGCACGUCGCUGCAGCAUCUCGACCUGGACGGCAAUCCGAUCGGCGACAUCGGGUACAGGGCCAUCGCGAACAGCCUGACGUCGCACCACAACACGCUGCGCGAGCUGGGGCUGUCCGCGGCGGACGACCACGCCGGGGUGACGGACACCGGAGCCUCCGCGAUCGCGAGAGCUCUGGGUGCCGCGAAGGGUCUUCACGUGCUGCGUCUGGACGGCCACAGCAACCUCGUGCAGCAGUUGGGCUUCCCCAUUCGCAAAUGGUUUCCGGGGAAGCAGCCGCCGUUGAUGGACGCACUUGCGAACAGCUCUCUGCGGGUGCUGUCGAUGCGCAGCUGCGGAUUCUCGGGACCGGCCGUGAACUGGCUGGCAGACAUGAUAUCCAAAAACCCCUCCAUCCAAACGCUCCGUCUGGAAGGAAACAGGAUCGGACCCCGCGGCCGAGCCGCCAUCGAUCGUGCACGGCGGCGCAGGAACACCACGUGCGACGUGCAGAUCGCCGGAACGGACCCGAGCCGCAGGACGGCCAUGCAGGCCGCCCACAAGGGACCGGACCGCAGGGGGGCAGCGAUUGCCAUCGCCGUUCUUUUCGCGUUCGGCGUUGGGUAUCAGCGGGGGCGGCGCGCAGCAGCUCGGAGGAACGCCACGAGGUAG